AUGAUGUCGCUGAAGGGGGUUGUGCUUUGGGAUGACCCGCCACAGUUGACCUUUGCCCCAGGAGUGUGGAGUUUUUCAGGGUUCUUGCGCAACCAGCUAUUUGGUCAGGUCUUCGCUCCUCAUGAUCUGCUCGCCCAAAUCCCGCAAAAGGUCGACCAGACCGCAAUGCUUGAGUUGCACUCGAGAUGGCCGCUGUUGUUUUGUCAUCCAGACAGAGCUGCCGACGCAAAGUACGUUCGUUGCCAUCGUAACACUGUUGAUCAGAUAUUGCUUAAAUAUGCUUCGGUAAACGACAUCGACACGGCAAUGCUUGCAAAAGUGCACAAGUCUUGCGACCGUUUCUGA